AUGUCUCAUGGGACAUCGCGUCUCCUGAACCCUCCGUCUUUGCCACCCUCGGCCCAUCCAACACCGCCAUCCGUGGCCCCUACAACUCUCGUCUCACCUUAUCCGGGCCUGAUGCCCUCCGCUCCUCCUCCGCGGCCACACUCCCAGCCGCCCGCUCCUCCGCCGCAAAGAACCAGCGGUCAAAAUUUCGAUCCCAUUCGGUCGGCCUUCGAUACAUCGUCUCCGGCCCCAGCCCCAGCACCGACCCCGACGUUGGCUGCGGCGCCACCUCCGGGGCGCCCCUCCUUUAGUCCCCCGGCCCGCCCUAUCUCACCCCGUCCGACAUAUCGCGCCAGUGCCUCUCCGGCCAUUGCUAGUAUCAUUGAUCCGCCUGCUGCCUCGUCGCCGCCCGUCUAUGUCCCUCGACCGUAUGGCUCUCCGAUUCACGGUGCGUCGAGCUACUCUCCAUCGCCCGCGGGCGCAUCCAUCGCUCCCACUCCGCCACAACCGCAACCACAACCACAGCCUCAAUCUCAACCCCCACGACCGGUCUCACCAUAUGCUCAUCGAUCCCCCUAUGCCACACCGGUCCAAGCACCACCCCCGCCGCCGCCUCAGGAAUCACGGACAUCUGCACCAGAGCCACAACCCCCGUCUGUCCCUCCUCCUUCGGCCUCGGAACCUCAUACCCCAGCACCUUCUAAUAACCGACCGCCCUCGCCGGGUCCCACGCCCAUGGAUGUGGAGCCCGAGGCACCUGCUGCGUCGACGGCCCCUAAGGUGACCAAGAAGGAAGCCAAAACCCCCUCAACAGUACCUACUUCGAAGGCGCCGUCACCCAAACCGGCCCGGGCCGCCAAGGAAACGCCUUCGCUACCUCAAGGCUCGGGAUUGAUCUCCAAUGCCCUCUUCGGAGUGGAUGGUGGCUCCUCCACGGGCGACUCGAGUAACCGCCAGGUGCCGAGUAUCAUCCUACACGUCCCUAUUCAGGGUCACGGGAAUCAGAUCAUCAACUUCGCCCGUUUAGCGGAGGAGCAAUAUGGGUUUGCGGCCCUGCAUCCUCGCCUCGCUGCGCACAAGGAACGGCUGGCACGGGUAGCUGCGGCUGGAGCGGCCUUGGAGCGCAACGACAAGGCGAGCGGACGUGGUCUGUCUGCGGGAGAGAGUGCAGAUGAGGAUUUGAGCAUGGAGGUCGACCGGGACAGCGAGAUGGAUGGGGAAGGUGCGACUUCCGCACCAGCCCGCUCGAAUGGGCCUGACCCGGCAGAUGGGAAGAAGAAGCGUCGUAAGAAGAAAAUGGAGGAGUAUGAUCGAGACGACCCGUUCGUGGAUGACAGUGAGUUAGCCUGGCAGGAACAGGCGGCCGCCAGUAAGGACGGGUUCUUUGUUUACAGUGGGCCGCUGGUGCCGGAGGGUGAAAAGGUCCAAGUGGAACGGGCCGACGGUACGAUCAAGCGUGGUCGCGGCCGUGGACGUGGGAGUCGGGGCCGGGCGCCUCUGACAUCCCACCAGGUGCCUUUGGCCGCUGCGGUUCCAAUCUCCCAGGAAACCGGUCUUCCCCUUCGGGGCCCCGGCUCACGAGGAGGCAGUACUACUCGUCGCCCGCGCAUCAGCAAAGCUGCUCGUCAGCAGGCAGAGCAGGAGAAAGCCAACGCCGCAUCGGGGACCCCCCACGGACGCGGUGGAGGUGCUGCCGGUCGUGGCGGUUCGACCAGCAGUCGAGGAGGCAAGCACCCCAUGGUCGAGUUGGCGCCGCGUCCAAAUAUUGCCCCUGCUCCUCCGGGCCCGAGUCCAGUGAGUGGAUCAGAGCUUGCGAUGAAGUAG